AUGCCCGAUCUCCGUCACCAAGUAGUAGGCUUUUUGUGGUUCUUCCGUUUUAGUCAUUUGCGUCAACAACAGCAGCAGCAGCAACAGCAGCAGCAACGGCAACAGGGCGUUUCCAACAUCCUCUCAGCUUUCGACUACGAGAAGGCUCGGUCGUUUACCUCCGACGCGACCAGCCAGCCCCCAAAAUCCCUUCACCAGCAGCACCUUGACGCGAUGCAUGCAUCCGGGUCUGCCAGUCGU